AUGACGAAAUAUACAUUUGUCCUGUUCCUUUCCAUUCACCUGUGCAUCCUGGCAUGUUUGGGCACAGCGCAGCGCCAUGGACCCUGGAGAAACAAGGUGCAGUGGGAGACAAACGGGCAGGUUUAUAGUUUACUGACCACCGGUUCUCAGUAUCAUGCACCUGCUACUGGACAACGAAAUACACAAUUCUUUUUAACAAGGCACUUGAUGCCAAGAUUCACUGGCAGGUUUAUUUUGGGACAUUUCGCAAAUCCAAGGAGGCAUGCAAUUGCACAUCCAGUGCGGUCAAACUCUGCGCCAGAGCGCACAGGUGGCACGGACAGUGGUGUUCUUGGUGUGGACGCAAGACGUUACCUGAUAUCUGGUCAAGCAUCACAUAUGAGGAAUAACAAUCCACAUUUUCCAUCUUUGCGCACAGUGACAAUCGCACAGGAUGGAUUGCACACCCAGUCCGUGCACUACAGUGCAGCACCAACUCCCAUAACCACAUCGGCACCGUUGGAAUAUUCAGGGAGCAGAAGCGCACUACGUAGCCGUAACUUAGAAACCAGCACACUGGUGCCAAAGCGAAGAUCUCCCACUCCAGCCACCGAAACCCCAACCGCUAUGAAUUUUGAGGAGAACGCCCUUCGUCAACCUCAAGUUUCCACUUUGAGUAACACUGAAAUGCAGGUUAAUAACUCUGAAUUCCCAUUGAGAACAAGUUUGGUGCCCGGCGCAGCAUCUGCUAAUAACAGGAAUAAUGGAAUUCCUCCUUACCAGGAAGAGGAAAGAGAAGGAGAGAGUAUGAUUGGCGAUGAACCAACUACUCUGAAUGUAAACAGCAGAAACUCUCUUCAAUACAACUUGCUCACAUAUGGAAGUGUAAACCGGCAUCUUCAAACAGAUACGGGUUACGGUAGCAGGUAUUUCCAUAACGACCUGCCUGAUGUCAUUCCUGAUCCAUACUAUAUCCAAGCUGCCUCUUAUAUCCAGAGAGUGCAGAUGUAUGCAUUAAGAUGUGCAGCAGAGGAAAACUGCCUCUCAAGUUCGGCUUACAGCCCGAGCGUCGGGGAUCUUGACUACCGAGUGCUCUUGCGCUUCCCUCAGAGAGUCAAAAAUCAAGGGACAGCAGAUUUCCUCCCAGUGAAACCACAUCAUCAGUGGGAAUGGCACAGCUGUCACCAACAUUAUCACAGUAUGGAGGCUUUCGGUAAUUAUGACCUCCUGGAUGCCUCCACUGGCAGAAAGGUGGCAGAGGGUCAUAAAGCCAGUUUCUGUCUGGAGGACACCAGCUGCGAUCCAGGUGUGAGGAGAAGAUUCGCCUGCACAGCUCACACACAGGGAUUGGGUCCAGGCUGCUACGACACCUACCAUGCCAACAUUGACUGUCAGUGGAUUGAUGUAACAGAUGUUUCUCCUGGACAAUAUAUUUUAAAGGUAACAGUGAACCCAAGUUUCCAAGUGCAGGAGUCCGAUUUCUCCAACAACGUUGUCAGAUGUGACGUCAGAUACACAGGGUCAUACGUCCAAACACACAACUGCAGAAUCACAAGGUCCUGAUGCAGUUAGCCUCUCCCAAACCUCCAGUGGUGCUUAUUUAGUUUUAAUUACCAUUAUUAAAGGAGUAUUUAGGGUUCAAUAAAAGUUAAGCUCAAUUGACAGCAUAUGUGGCAUAAUACUGGUUACCACAAAAAUAAUUUAGACUCGUCCCUCCUUUUCUUAAAAAGAAAAGGCAGAGGGGGUCUGGGUAUCUCAGCGAGUAUUGACGCUGGCUACCACCCCUAGGGUCACGACUUUGAGUCCAGGGUGUGCUGAGUGACUCCAGCCGGGUCUCCUAAGCAACCAAAUUGGCCCAUUUGCUAGGGAGGGUAGAGUCACAUGGGGUAACCUCCUCGUGGUCGCUAUAAUUUGGUUCUCGCUCUCGGUGGGGCGUGUGGCGAGCUGUGCGUGGAUGCCGCGAAAAAUAGCGUGAAGCCUUCACACGCGCUACGUCUUCGCCAUAAUGCGCUCAACAAGCCACGUGAUAAGAUGUGUGGAUUGACCGUCUCAGACGCGGAGGCAACUGGGAUUCGUACUCCGCCACCCGGAUUGAGGCACUACGCCACCACGAGGACCUAGAGUGCAUUGGGAAUUGGGCAUGCCAAAUUGGGGAGAAAAAAAAGUUUAUUAUUUGAGCUGUAAAGUUGCUUAAAUCGUAAUUUGUAGGGUCAUUUUGGGGUUGACAGAGCGAGGUGAUCAUGGCAACAAAUUUGUAAAAUCAGAUGUAACUUAACAAAGAAAAGGGAAGUGAUUUUAUCACAUAAAAUCAUGUUAACACACAUACUGUUUACAUCUUGUGGCUAUACGUUCAAAACAGUGAGUACUUUAAAGUUUACAGAUUGGCUUCCAUUGUAAGUGCUUGAUGUUAAACAGAUAUUUGCUUCACAUUGAGUUCACAUUUUCUUUUGGUAAUCAACAUCAUCCAACAAACGCUGACGAUUGAGCUUAACUUUUAUUGAACCCGGAAUAUUCCUUUAAAGGUGCUGCAAGAGAUUUUUUUAAUGGUAAAAUGUAUGCAAAUAAUGUUCCUGAAAGAUAUGAAUACAGUAAGUGUCCUGAGAUAUCUCACCAGUCACUGUGACAGCUCUAGACUCUGUAAACAGCAAACAAAAUGUUUUAUAAGAAUAAUUUUGUGUGUUCUUGUAGUAUUGUAGUUGCAGCGAAUUAAAGAGGCUUAAUGCCAAUUUUAUGCCAUGUUGCUCAUAACAGAUGUCAGUUGAGGGCGCUGUUUUGCAGCUGUUGUUUUUGACAACCAUUUCUGCUUGUGUUGGUAUCAAUAGUCGCUUUUCCACUAUCAGGCCAGUGCGAGCCAAUCAACUGGCCAGCUGGGGCCAACAGCCUAGGACCUUGAACCGCAAGACUAAAAUCUAUCUGCGUUCCCACUAUUUGGCCAAUAGCCCUACAGCGUUGCCCUAAAACCGUGCCUUUAUAUGCCGCCCUGGUGCCACGUCACACACCUCGCCCAUUUCACAAGUAAGAGGGAAGCUCAAACUUAGGUAUCAUGUUAUCUAGAAAAUGUAGUUUAAAUUGUUUGAAACAUUAGCUAGCCAGCAAGAUAAAUUAGCGAUAACUCACAACCUGUGAGUGCCAUGAUGUCCCGAGUGAUCUAUCCACUAACAGCGGGAUGAUGUCCCAGCACACCGUCUAUGAAUGUUCACUUAACCAUGAAAAGUGGGCACCGCUUUGUCCAUUGUGAGUUUUAACGGAUUUGUACUGUGCCCACAUUUUUUUUCCCCAAACCUGUACCAUAUCCUGACAAGUUUGGCAAAACUCUCGCCUCAAUCCCCGACUGGCCUUGUUUGACACAAAGGUAAUCGGCGGGCCAUUGGCCAUUGGCCCUGUGAAAGUCCCAAGAAGCCACUAUGAAGCCCCGGUAGUGACAGUGUGAACACAACUGGCCCUGGCCAGCCCUAGCAUAACCUAAUUUGGCCCGAUAGUGGAAACAGCUAUAAAAGCUUAUUUGAUUUCUCUAGUCCGGGGUUUUAAAAAAAUGGGGCGUGGCUUAUCCAACGCCUCAGCUUGUGGCUAAAAUCGCUUACAUCACCUUUAAGUUCACAAAAUUUUCAGAUUGUCAUGGAUAGGUUAAAUUUAUAUAGUAACUUAUUUAUACUUUUACAUUUAGAUUUAUGUUCUUUACAGACACUUUGUUUUUGCGCAGAGAUUUUGUUUGGUAAAGCUAAAUCUUAUCCUUUCCAUUUAUCAUAAUAAAUGCUUUAAGCUCAUGUUAAACAGCAGGAAGAUGCUUAGCAAAGA